AUAAAUACCCGCUUCUCAUCGUCUCCUCUCCCAAAGGAACAGGACGAACAAAUCCCCAACCAAUUUCGUCUCCGAUCGCAUCGAGGCUCGUCGAAUCCUCGUUCCCCACCGCCCACCAAGAUGCAGAUCUUCGUGAAGACCCUCACGGGCAAGACCAUCACCCUCGAGGUGGAGUCCUCUGACACCAUCGACAAUGUCAAGGCCAAGAUCCAGGAUAAGGAGGGCAUCCCUCCGGACCAGCAGCGCCUUAUCUUUGCUGGCAAGCAGCUGGAGGACGGCAGGACCCUUGCUGACUACAACAUCCAGAAGGAGUCCACCCUUCACCUUGUCCUCCGUCUUCGGGGUGGCAUGCAGAUCUUUGUCAAGACACUCACUGGCAAGACCAUCACUCUUGAGGUGGAGUCCUCCGACACCAUUGACAAUGUCAAGGCAAAGAUCCAGGACAAGGAGGGCAUCCCUCCGGACCAGCAGCGCCUCAUCUUUGCUGGCAAGCAGCUGGAGGAUGGCAGGACCCUCGCUGACUACAACAUCCAGAAGGAGUCCACCCUUCACCUUGUCCUCCGUCUUCGGGGUGGCAUGCAGAUCUUCGUCAAGACCCUCACUGGCAAGACCAUCACCCUUGAGGUGGAGUCCUCCGACACCAUUGACAAUGUCAAGGCAAAGAUCCAGGACAAGGAGGGCAUCCCCCCGGACCAGCAGCGCCUCAUCUUUGCUGGCAAGCAGCUGGAGGAUGGCCGCACCCUCGCCGACUACAACAUCCAGAAGGAGUCCACCCUUCACCUGGUGCUCCGCCUCCGUGGCGGUCAGUAAGUAUCUUGGUGGUUGGAGCUGCUGCUGUAUCCCUUGGUCGUCCAGUGGGCUGCCCCUGUCGCACGUCAAGUGAAGUGUCGUCUUGUUCGUAUCUAGUUUACCGUGUCUGUGUACUGGACCAUUGAGUACCCUAUAUGUGUGUUGGUUGUGCAGCAGUUCCAAUUAUGAAAAAGUUUGAUCUUAUCCA